AUGGAACAUAUCCAAGAAUCAGAUAGCUCCAUGCCCAUUGCCAUCGUUGGCAUUGGAGGCAGGUUCCCGGGCGAAGCUACCAACCCCAGCCGACUGUGGGAUAUGGUCUCCAAUGGUCGAAGUGCUUUGACUGAAGUUCCUAAGGACCGCUUUAACAUUGAUGCAUUCUAUCAUCCCCAUGCAGAGCGCCAGGGAACGAUGAAUGUGAGAGGAGGGCACUUUCUCAAGGAUGAUGUUGCCCUAUUUGACGCCCCGUUUUUCUCAAUCACAGCCAAGGAGGCACAUGCUAUGGACCCACAACAGAGGCUUGCUCUUGAGGUAGCAUAUGAGGCUCUUGAGAAUGGUGGAAUGCGAAUGGAAGAUGUUCUCGGAUCCUCCAUGGCUUGUUACAUGGCUUCUUUUACCCGAGAUUAUGCUACACUCCGUGGACAUGAUGCGGAAGAUAUCCCGAUGUACGAAGGCACUGGAAACGGCUCCGCCAUGAUUUCCAACAGGAUAUCCUGGUUUUUUGACCUCAAAGGCCCCAGUUUGAGCUUAGACACUGCUUGCUCCUCCUCUUUAGUGGCACUGCAUCUGGCGUGUCAAAGCAUCCGAACUGGUGAAACAAAAUGCGCCAUGGUCGGAGGCACAAAUUUGAUUCUGAUGCCUGAGAUGCAAACGGCUAUGACAUCCUUACAUUUUCUGAGCCCAGAUAGCAAGUCUCAGUCUUUCGAUCACAAGGCCAAUGGAUACGCCCGAGGCGAAGGAGCCGCGGUUGUUCUUGUGAAGCCUCUUGCCGAUGCUAUCAAGGACGGGAACACUAUCCGAGCUGUGAUCAGAGGCACUGGUGUGAAUCAAGAUGGAAAAACACCAGGAAUCACCCUGCCCUCCGCCCAGGCACAAGAGGACCUCAUCAGAUCCACAUACGCAGCGGCCGGUCUGUCUUUUGACCAAACCGGAUAUUUUGAGGCACACGGAACAGGUACACCAUCUGGUGAUCCACUCGAAUGUGCGGCAAUUGGGGCCACUAUUGGGGCCAGUCGUUCCAAAGAUAGCCCGCUUCUUGUUGGAUCUAUCAAAACAAACAUUGGGCACAUGGAGGGUGCCAGUGGUCUGGCUGGUCUCAUUAAGGCUGUAUAUGUCCUAGAGAAGGGACUUAUUCCUCCCAACUUGUGGUUUGAGAAAGCCAAUCAUCGAAUUCCACUGGUUAAAUGGGGUCUAGAGGUUCCCACAGAGCUUCAGCCAUGGCCCACAACAGGUUUGCGCCGAGCAAGCGUCAAUUCAUUUGGAUAUGGUGGCACCAACGCGCACUGUGUACUAGACGACGCCUACCACUACCUGACAUCUCGUUCCCUGGACGGAUUCCAUGUUACGACUGAACUACCCGGCGUUGUAGAUAAAGGCGACAGCGCGAGCUUUGAUGGCCUGAGUGGUAGCGCGAGCACUGCCUCUUCCGUGAAAGAAAAUGAGCAAUUGACACCAGGAUCAGAGCAUGAGGGCUUCGAAUUAGAACUUUCACCUUCCGCGACAAUCCCUAAGUUACUAAUGUGGACAUCUCAUGAGCAGGCUGGAAUUGAUCGGACUGCAACACAAUUGCAGGAAUAUCUAUCCAAUCAAGAUGAAUUAAGCUCUACCCUUCUCACCAAUCUUGCCUACACCCUUUCCAUGGGUCGCAGUCGCUUCCCCUGGAAGGCCUACACGGUAGCGUCGACUGCAGCGGAACUUCCAUCAUCAUUGACCAGCACUUCUUACUCGAAGCCGCUGAGGUCCUCUCAACCUCCCGUAUUGUGCUUUGUAUUCACGGGUCAAGGUGCACAGUGGUUUCAGAUGGGUUCCGAGCUUCUAGCGUAUCGACGCUUUGAAGAAAGUAUCAUGGAUGCAACAAAAUAUUUGAAGGAACUUGGAAGCGAAUGGGAUCUCUUUGCUGAGCUCACCUCGCCAAAGGAGGGUUUCAGAUUGAACGAAUCUGCGGUCAGUCAGCCAGCCUGUACGGCGUUGCAAAUUGCGCUUGUUGAUCUACUACGGGAAUGGAAUAUCACACCCUCUGUAGUGGUUGGUCAUUCAAGUGGAGAAAUCGCGGCCGCAUACGCGAAAGGUGCUAUCUCACGUUCCCAAGCGUGGAGUAUCGCUUACCAUCGAGGCCGCCUGUCAAGCACUCUCACUCAGGAGGGAGCUAUGCUUGCUGUUGGCCUAGGAGAGGAUGAAGUGCUUCCCUUCAUUGCACAGGUACCACAGGGCAGCGGUGAAGCCGUCGUUGCCUGUAUCAACAGUCCCUCCAGCGUCACCUUGUCUGGGGACAUAACAGCGAUAGCCCAUAUUCAAGACCUCUUAGACGCCGAGAAAAUCUUCAAUAGGAGACUUGCCGUCAAGACAGCAUACCACUCUCCACACAUGAAAGACUUGGAAGAGGCUUACCUCGAGGCGCUUGCCGAUAUUCAUCCGGAGGGUCUUUCUAGCCAGCCAGUCGCCACGAUGUUCUCUUCCGUCACUGGUGGAAUUGUUGACAACGAAACUCUUGCGAACGCUGAUUAUUGGAAAUCCAACAUGGUCAAUCCAGUGAGAUUCAGUCAAGCUAUGCAAAAGGUGCUCGAGUUCAAUCUGAGCAAGCGGCGCACGGCCGGAAAAGCUCAGUUCGUGAAUGUUCUUGUGGAAAUAGGACCUCAUUCCGCACUUCAAGGCCCGCUUAAGCAGAUUUUGGAUGCGAACAGAGACACAUUGAAGCGAGAAGUCGCUUAUACGUCCGUACUAGUUCGGAAUAACAAUGCUGUUCGAACCUGUCUCGACGCGGUAGGAAAGCUAGCUCAGCGGAACUGUCCUGUUGAUCUUAUCAAAGUGAACCAGGAGAUGACAAAACCCGACGCGAAUGUUCAUAUGCUGAUAGAUCUGCCACCAUUUUCGUGGAAUCAUUCUACACGAUAUUGGUAUGAGUCGGCACUCUCAGCAGCUUUUCGACACCGUAAGUUGCCACGUUUCGAUCUUGUGGGAGUGCGCACCGAGCAUUCCACCGAUACUGAGCCUUGCUGGGCAAAUUACUUGCGAGUUUCAGAAGCACCAUGGAUUGAGCAUCACAAAGUCCAAGGCACAAUUUUGUAUCCUCUCUCAGGAAUGAUGGUCAUGGCGAUCGAGGCUGCGCGCCAAAUUGCGGACGAGUGUAAAGAAAUUGACGGAUUCCAGAUCCGGGACGUCUCUGUCGGAAAGGCAAUGGUGCUUGCGGCGGAUACUCCCACUGAGACUAAAAUUCAAUUUAGACCGCGAAGGUCUGGAACUCGAUUGCCUGAUGCCUCCUGGAAUGAGUUUACCAUCUCGUGCAGGAGUCGCCAGGGUGUCUGGACGCAGCACUGCACAGGUCUUAUCGCUGUCAAAUACGUAUCGGAGCAUAAUCGGAUUUUCCACAACGAAGAUGCAUCUCUGGCGCUUCAGCAUCGUGAAGAAUACAAGAGGCUAUACAACGCAGGCUUCAAACCUGAUGACCCACGUCAAGUCUACGCUGCCCUAGCCGAACUUGGUCUUCAGUGGGGACCGACUUUCACCGGGCUAGUUCACAUUAGCUCAGGUGAUUAUGAGGCGCACUGUGAGCUUGAGGUGCCUGAAACCAGAAAGUUCAUGCCAGAAGGCUUUGAGUACCCACAUGUUAUUCAUCCCGCGACGUUGGAUAACUUCAUCCAGAUGGUGAUUCCGGCUUGCACACUCGCUGGUGUUCAGCUAGAGAAGGCCAAGAUUCCAAGGUUCAUUGAGAGUCUCUACAUCUCGAACAAGAUCAGCUCCACGCCUGGCACCAGGUUUUAUGGUUAUUCCAAAUCUAAGCCUUACGGCUUCAAUGAGUCCGUGGGAACCAUUGUUGCAUCUGACGAGACUUGGGAGAAGCCACUGGUCAUGAUCGAGGGUUGCAGAAUCAUUUCUCUAGAGAAUAUGACGGAUGAUCUUUCCUCGAGCUCUGGUUCCAGCAAACAGUCGCUACGAAAGUUAGGCUCUCAUCCUGAAUGGGACCUUGACAUCGAGCAACUGGGUACGAACGAGGCUCAAAAGUUCCUGGCUCCAUACGGCGCAAUCAUCCCCGAUGUCGACAUCGAUAUGAUUCGCGAUUUGGAACUUGCUUCGUUCAUACUUUGCAAGCGGACCAUUCGUGAAUUCUCUGCAUUGGAUGCUGAAAGUUUCUCUCCUCAUCACCGACUCUUUUACGAGUACAUGAUGCAUAGGUAUCAACUUGGCCAGCAGGGCUUACUGGAUUGCCAAAGACCCGAAACGGACGGAUUUGAGUGGCUCAACACAACCGAAGAAUUUGAUGACGAUGUUCUUGAGCGAGUUUCUGAGGCAUCUAUUGAUGGUAAACUACUUUGUCACCAGGGCGCUCACUUUCCCGAGAUCUUGCGUGGAGAGCUGGAGCCUCUUCAGGUGUUGAUGCAGGACAACUUGCUGACACAGUACUAUCGUAAUGCGCUGGGUACCAACAAAUGGAACCCGAUCAUUGCCAAGUAUAUGCAGAUGAAGUCUCAUAAGAAGCCUUUGAGGAUCUUCGAAGUUGGUGCAGGCACAGGAGGAACAACUAGUGUGGUUUUGUCGGCACUCGGUCAGCGAGAAGAGGCAGGUUCCAGACUGGAACGAUACACCUUCACCGAUAUUAGUGGUGGGUUUUUCAGUGCAGCAGCCACUGACUUUGACGAGUGGGCUCCAUUUUUGGAGUACAAAAUCGUGGAUAUUGAGAAGGACCCUGUACAGCAAGGCGUCGCGACCGGCACUUAUGACAUUGUCAUUGCGAACAAUGUCCUGCACGCCACAAGAUCGAUCAGCGCCACUUUGGCUCAUUGUCGGGAAAUGUUGCGACCGGGCGGCGUCUUGCUACUCGGCGAGCUUACCACGUCCUUGGCCCGAGUGCCCAUGAUUUUCGGAACACUUUCUGGAUGGUGGAAUGGUGAGAAUGACGGCCGCAAAUGGGGCCCAAGACUUACUGAAACGCAAUGGGAUACGCAACUUCGCGAGCAUGACUUCAGUGGACUGGACCUGUGUUUCCGCGACCAUAGCACCGAUGAUUACUCCAUCUCACUUAUGAUGUCGACGGCAAGCCCUCAGCCGAUUGCCAAAAUUCGCGAUGAAAUUGCACUAGUAGUCCCUUGCAGCGCAAGUGCGUCAGUGGGCGCCGUCGCCUCCAAAAUAGCCGCUAGGCUGUCAUCGGAAGUGUCCAGUGUCAAAAUCAUUACACUUUGCAAGGCUUCGACUGCUGACCUCUCUAAUACAACAUCGAUCGCAAUCCUGGAGGCCGAGACUCCAUUCCUCCAAGACGUGGAUGCGACCAGUUUCGCAGAAGUGAAAUAUGUUUUGCUGACUUCCAAGAAGACACUCUGGAUCACACGUGGAGGCGCAAUGGACAGCUCACAGCCUGGAGCCAACCUCAUUGCUGGUCUCAGUCGAACAAUCCGAGCUGAAAUCCCAAGCUUCCAGCUCAUCACGCUUGAUCUUGAUCCUGAGUCCUCGAUUGAUGCCGAUGAAAAUGUAACAUCCAUCCAGCAAACGCUGCAUUCUACAGCUGAGGUGGAAUCCGUUGAUCGUCCGGACUGGGAAUAUGCUGUUCGUGAGGGGCGCAUCCAUUCUCUUCGAUUGACUCCAAACAAGACCUUGAACGCGAUUUUCGAAGCCAGCAAAACGGAUCAACCGGCAGAAUUGCUUCCAUUCCACCAACCCGGCCGGGCUCUUGCCCUCGCCAUAAAGACGCCAGGCAUGCUAGACACGUUCCAGUUUGUCGAUGACGAUGAGUACGUCAAGCCUCUUACCGACGGGGAGGUUGAAAUCGAAGUCAAGGCGGUCGGCAUGAACUUUCACGAUGUCAUGAUCUCGAUGGGCCAGAUUGCCGAUACAGACCUUGGUGUAGAGUGUAGUGGUAUAGUCACUCGCGUUGGGAAUGCUGUUACCAAGUACAGGCCCGGUGACAGGGUCAUUACAUUCCGACUCGGCUGUUUCAGGACAUUUUUGCGCAAUCCCGAAGAGAUGUUUGAGUUGGUACCAGACUCACUUUCUUUUGAAGAGGCAGCGUCGAUUCCUUGUGUCUAUUCCACCGUGUAUUACUCACUGUUCUAUGUCGCUCGAUUAGCCCGCGAUGAGACAGUAUUGAUACACGCUGCAGCAGGUGGUCUCGGUCAGGCCGCGAUUAUCUUGUCGCAGCAUAUUGGCGCAGAGAUCUUUGUCACGGUAUCUUCUGACACCAAGAAGCAAUUCUUGAUGGAGACAUACGGUAUCCCAGAAGACCACAUCUUUAACAGCAGAGAUUACAGCUUUGCUGCAGGCAUCAAGCGCAUGACCAAGCAGAAGGGAGUUGACGUUGUUCUCAACUCUUUGGCAGGAGAAGCGCUACGUCAGACAUGGCUCUGCGUCGCGCCUUUUGGACGAUUCAUCGAACUCGGCAAGAGAGACAUCGUCGGAAACACUGGCAUAGAUAUGAGUCCAUUCAUGGACAACAUCAUAUUUGCUGGAGUAAACAUGCUCUCAGUGUAUCGAGACAACAUUCCUCUGUUCAGUCGCAUCAUGAGCGAUGUGAUGAAUGCUUUAGAGCAAGGAAUCAUCCGGCCUGUGCAGCCUUUGAAAAUAAUGGAUUAUAGCCGAAUUGAGGAAGCGUUCCGAACCAUGCAAUCAGGAAAGCAUAUUGGCAAGAUGGUUCUCACAGCUGGUCCUGACAAUCUGGUGCCGAUUGUGCCAGCGAAGAUGAAAGCUUACUCAUUCACACAACCUGGAACUUAUUUGAUUCCUGGUGGCCUCGGAGGUCUCGGUCGCUCCAUCGCUUCCUGGAUGUCUAAGCAAGGCGCAAAACAUCUUGUCUUCACAAGUCGUUCGGGAGCGACAAAACCGGAAGCCAAAAGCCUGAUUGAUGAACUGCAAGGCCAAGGUGUAAACACACUCGCAUUUGCUUGUGACAUUAGUGAUGCUAAAGAGUUUCGAGAUGUUCUCGAUGCCGUGGAGGCCAAUGACUUCCCUCCAAUCAAGGGAGUGAUUAACUGUGCGAUGCAACUUCAGGACGUGUUGUUCGAGAAUAUGACCUUGGAAGACUUCAACGCAGCCAUCCGGCCUAAAGUUCUCACUACGAAGAACCUUCAUGAAAUGUGCCCGAAGGACAUGGAUUUUUUCGUAUGCCUUUCAUCGACUGGAGGCAUUGUUGGUUCUCGGGGACAAGGCAAUUACAAUGCUGGAAACACAUACCAGGAUGCGAUGGCUCAUCACCGCCGAGCUCAGGGAUAUCCGGCAACGAGCAUCAACCUGGGAGUUGUACUUGGAGUUGGUAUCACAGCCCAGCGUGGUGAGAUCCUGUCAUAUCUCAAAACAGGCGCGAUGAUCGGAAUCCACGAGCAAGAAGUCCUGGCCGUAAUCCAAGCCGCCAUAUCCGGACAGAUGCCAGCUCAAGUUGUCGUUGGACUUGCUACUGGAGGGCACUUGGAGAAGAACGGACACGAUGAUCCAUUCUGGUUCAGCGAGGCACGCUUUGGUCCACUCCGAAUCUUUGACACCCAGGAGUUGCAAGCACAGUCUGGAGGCAGCGGUGGUGACUCUGCUGCUGACCUUGAGGCUGCUCUUCGAGAGGCUACAACGAUGGCCGAUGCAGCAGAUGCUGUUUGUGUUGCACUCGUACGCAAAUUGGCUAAAGCUAUGAUGAUGGAAUUGGAGGACUUGGAUCCUAGCCGACCGGCAAACUCCUAUGGCGUUGACAGUCUUGUUGCCGUCGAGAUCCGGGCCUGGGUUUUUAAGGAGGUCAAGAGUGACGUCUCGGUCUUUGAUAUCUUGAGCAACAAGCCGCUAGCAUUGCUUGCCGGCGCGAUCGCUGCCAAGUCGACCUUAUUGUCUCCUUCAAUCAAGGACACUGAGGGCUACAUGUAG